AUGGGGCCUCUGGGUGCCCUGAUCGACCCAUGGAAACUAGCACUACAUGAAUCUAGUGAAGAGCGUCGCAAUGAGCUUCCUGCAUACCAGGGCAACAGCGGCGUAGAGUCCUUGAUCACCAGUUCCAACCCACAGUCCUUCGAACUCGGGACAGGAGCAUCCAUCUACACCAACUCGCUUCUACCUGCGAUUUUGAAGGCACGGUUUGAAGUCAUUCUCGUCACAUGUUUCUGGGCAUCAUCUGCAACGCUCACCGCAUUAAAAGAAACACUUGAGCAGCUCGCUGAGCAACGACGUCAACUCGUCCAGGGAGGUGGGCCAGAUGCAAGUACUCUGCCUCAGCUGCGUAUUCGCAUCUGCUUCUCCUCGAGAUCUCUCUUCCAGAAGCUCUUCCACACAACCUCCAGAAAUGGCUACGUCUAUCCGUCGGAGACAUGGGAAGGCACCCUUGGGCUUCCAAGCCCCGAUCUACUGAAGGCCGGUUGCAUCGACCUUCAGGUCAAGAGCUUGUUCUUCCUACCCUUUAGCGUUAUGCACCCCAAGUUCCUGGUCGUCGACCGAGAGAGAGCUUGGCUACCGAGUUGCAACAUCAGUUGGGAAUCUUGGCUUGAGGGAUGUGUAGAGUUCACGGGCGAUGCAGUGCAGAAACUCAUGACAUUCUACCGCGAUGUCUGGGAGCAGGAACUAGACCUACAGCACUCCAGCUUAAGGGACAAUGUCUUUCACAGCAUCCUGACCCUUCAGGCCGGAGGUGCAACAACUCUUGGGUUGAGGACCAUACAGAGCCCAGCCAGACACUUUGCAUCAUUCGAAGGCCCUGCUGUUCCAACUGUGCUCUUGCCAUCUUCGCAUCACCAAAACCCGAGGUUCCGGCCUUUGCCCUGGCUUGACCACCCAGUACCCCCAUCCACACCCUUGAACGCGGCUAUACUCCGAUUGAUUGGGAUGGCGGAGAGAUCUAUCUACAUGCAAACUCCAAACUUGACGAGCACUGCUGUAAUGAACAGUCUUUUGGACGCCCUCGAACGCGGCGUCCAGGUUUCUAUUGUUACGAGCAAGGGGAUGAUGUUGCUAGAGCAGAUUGUCACGUCUGGCACCACGACCGCCCUCUGUCUUCGAUCUCUCGUUCGCCAAUAUAACAGACUUUCAGACAGCAGGGCGAAACCUCGAUCAAUCACGAGUGCUUCGAGCGCCGAGCCCAUGAUUGAUCUCGAAGCUGGACGUCAAAGAAUCGGGCCUCUAAAGAUUUCCUACUUUCACGCAAACCCGGAGAACGCGCGAACCAAAGCAACCGAGGAGCCAGUGCACUCACAUCUGAAAUUGACCAUCGUUGACAGCCAGUAUACAGUUCUAGGUUCAGGCAAUAUGGAUCGAGCAAGUUGGUUCACCAGCCAAGAACUUGGAAUGUUGUUUCACUCAGCCGACUUUGCCAAGACUGUGAGCGACACUGUCGUUACUGGCCUAGCUGGUCGGACCAGAACGAUAUUCGACGCGCGGCCAAACAAUGGAUAG